UGACGUAGCCUCGCCUAUAAAGCCGAGGCAGCCGCGUUCAGUCGGAUAUGCCAGAUGGAGACAGCUGGAGGAGGCAAGCAAGUCUUCACGCACCCGACUCACGACUGAAGCGAAGAACGGCGAACCAGAGAGAGACAGAGACACAGAGAGUGAGGAUAUUUAUUCACGAGCGUGUCGUUUCUGCCUCCGCGUUGAAUGGAUACCGGUUGUUUCACCGCGACGCAGCGUAUUUCGUGCCACGCCAUGAACGCGGAUUUAUUUAAGCCUGCUCCGGAGCGUGGAGCCCAGCCGUCCUCUGCGCCGGUGAAAACCAGCAGGAAUAAAGCCGAACAAAUCAAACCAGAGCUGGCCCAGGUGGUGACAGACCCCAAGACCGGGAGAUCCUACAGUAAAGGGAAGCUGUUGGGAAAGGGUGGCUUUGCUCGAUGCUACGAGAUGACAGACCUCACCACCAACAAAAUGUAUGCCGUCAAGGUGAUUCCACAGAGCAGGGUGUCCAAACCUCACCAGAGAGACAAGAUCACAAAUGAGAUUGAACUGCACAAAACCCUGUCUCACAAGCAUGUGGUAAAAUUUUCUCAUCACUUUGAAGACCAAGAAAACAUCUACAUAUUCCUCGAGCUCUGCAGUCGGAAGUCGCUGGCACACAUUUGGAAGGCCAGACACACGCUCACGGAGCCAGAAGUGCGAUAUUACCUGAGACAGAUCAUAUCUGGCCUCAAGUACCUCCACAACAGAGGCAUCCUGCACAGAGAUCUCAAACUAGGCAACUUCUUUGUCAACGAGAACAUGGACCUACGGCUGGGAGACUUUGGCCUCGCUGCCAAACUGGAAACGGUCGAGCAGAGGAAAAAAACAAUUUGUGGGACUCCAAACUAUUUGGCCCCUGAGGUGCUCAACAGACAGGGCCAUGGCACAGAGUCGGAUGUUUGGUCACUUGGAUGUGUCAUGUACACGCUGAUGUGUGGCAGCCCUCCUUUUGAGACUCUUGACCUCAAGGAGACCUACAAGUGUAUAAAAGAAGUUCGGUACAACCUGCCCUCCACACUUUCACCCGCGGCACAGAAACUCAUCUCGGGCAUCCUGCAGAAAAACCCCAACGACAGACUCUCACUGGAUCAGAUUCUCAACCACGACUUCUUCACCAAAGGUUAUACUCCUGACAAGCUUCCUCCCAACAGCUGUGUGAUGGUGCCAGAGCUCCACCCCCCAAGCCCUGCCAAGAAAUUCUUUGCUAAAAUGGCCAAGAGCUUCUUUGGCAAGAAGAAGGCAAAAGUGGAGAAGAUUCCAUGCGAGGAAAAAGAUGACAAAGACAUUUCCAAGCUGGUGUCCGGCAUCGUUAAAUGUUCAAUCAACCGCCAGAUCAGUUACAAGACCGUUGGACCCAAUGAGGUGCCCUCUCCCACCGGUCAGCUGGUCAGCUCUGUGCCUCUGGAACAGACUCCUGCUGAGGAAGAGUCCAGGAAAUCCCUCUCUCGCUCCUUCAAGGGCACCAUGGCCAGCAGCACUGAACCUUGUGAAGACGUAUUGACCCCUGCAGCCGUUGCUGAAUCGACCAUGAAAGUCCUCAAAGGCUGCCUGGCCACCAUGCCUGCAGGCACCAGAAACCCACCCUGUUUGUCCAAACCACAGUCUUUCCUGUGGGUCACCAAGUGGGUCGACUACUCCAACAAAUACGGGUUUGGCUACCAGCUGUCAAACAAAAGUAUCGGGGUGCUCUUCAAUGAGGGAACACAUCUCAGUCUUUGUGACCAACGCAAGACUGUCCACUACUGCCUGAACAACAACAAACACUUCAGCUUUGCUGCAAACUCUCUACCUGAGCAACUCCGCAGCCAGAAACAGAUUGUCGAGCUAAUGGCUAACUACAUGGAGGAAAACCUCAUGGAGGGCGGAGAUCUAAACUGUGAAGGACAGGCCUCGUGUGCUCCUCCUCUGCUGCUCCAGUGGGUGAAGACGGACCACGCUCUCGUAAUGCUCUUCAACAAUGGCACUCUUCAGGUCAACUUCUACACUGACCACACCAAGAUCAUCCUGUGCAAGUCCUCUGAUGACUCCUAUUUGCUCACCUACAUUACCCGGGAGCGCGUCUCGUACACUUACCUCCUCAGCAUGCUGAACGAGAUGGGCUGCUCUCCUGAGCUACGACACCGACUACGAUACGUGGUGCAGCUGCUUCAACACCAUGCUGACGCCUGAGAGCACACCUCGACUGAUGCCUCUAGCUGGUUGACCCUUUUUUGGGGGGGGGGGGGCGGCUCCCUGACACCACAUUCGGGAUGGACGCUCCGAUCCUGAACAAUAUUCUUGUCUUAACUAGUGCUUGAGCUGCGGAUGAUCAAAUGUAUUGACCUUGAUUAACGUCGUGCAGUCAGGACGUUGCCCAAUGCAGCAUCUGCCUCAAGGGUUUGUGCCUGUACAGCUUUUGCCUCAAAAGGUAUCCACCUGGAAGGUUUUGAUACCCACAAUAAGAGACUCCAAAAUGGCCUGACAUUAUGGAUUCCUCCGGGGCAGAUGCCCUAAAAUGAACACCCAAACUCGCAAUUACCUUCCCUCACUCUUUCGACACCACUGCUUCUUGGCUGGAUCCUGCAGCUUUCAACUUCCCAUGAAUAGAACCGGUUAACCCAGGCAUGGUUUCUCAAAUGUAUGUAAAGCUGUCAAAGUGCUUGCAACGGAAAUGUGGAUAAUCUUGCAGCUGGAAUGCUUUCAGGCUCAAUUUCCUCAAGGUAUUUUAGCAACAAGGUCAUCGCUGCCGUUGAUUGCACUGGACCUGUGAUCUUACAGUGGAGAUGCUUUGGGAAGAAGUGUGGUUUGAUUUGGGAGGUGGAAGAGAGAGAGAGACCCUCCUACCCUCAGUUGGUUUCUGGCCUCGUUGGACUAGGGUGCACACAUUCGUUUUUGAAACAAAUCAUAUGAGCCAGCUAUAGGAUCACACUACAAUCUUGACCUCACAUGCACAAAUAACAUUCCUGGCCUUAUUUGGUGAUGCUUGGAGAGUCAUUCCUUCUGCUCCAACAUUGCUUUUGUCUUGUUCUUAGAUAGUUGUUGAAACAAAAUUCACUGACAUGGUACACCGUAAAUUAAAUGGGCUAUGGGAGCAACACAAUUUUGCACUUUUUUUUUUUCUUUUUUUCUUCUUUUGUUGAAAAUUUAAUCUGGAAAGCAAAUUCUUUUUACUACCACUUUUAUUUGUUUUUAAUGAGAUACCAAAAGGCAUUUUCUUUUGUUGGUUGUUUUUUUUUUUUUUUAAAGUUUUAAUUGCACGUACAGUAGGUGAAUGUGUCUGUGCCUCAUGCUGGUAAACAAUGCUGUUGGAAUAGGAGGGGGGAGGGGGAUAAAAAGUGCCUUUCUGAGGGAUGUCUGUUUAGUGCAAUAGCAACCCUUGGUGAAUGUCAAGCUGUAUACAAACGAGUCCUGAAAUGGGGUUAACGGGCGUGAUUUACUUUUGUACUUUUUAGUGUGAAGUUCAAAAGUAAAUUCACCAGCACUACACUCACUACCUGGUAUAAGCUUGUUGAACGACUGUCAAAAAUAUUUAUCCCAGUUAUAUCUACUAUGGAAAAAAGAAUACAUUGUACUCCAUUGUACUGUACUGUAAUUCUUAUCGGUUUACAUUGCUUUCUCGACCCAGAGUUGUAUCCUAAAAACUGUGACGUGGAAUGCAAGUAUUAUGUACGUGUUUUCAAGAAACCCAACAUUGUGAAAGCCAUUUGCCGAUUCAAGAGAGUUUAUAUUUUGGCACAUAAUGUCCUGUUUAUUUAUAUUUUUAUUUAUACAUGUUUUUUUUAUUUAUUCUGUAAAUGUCAUGUUCUUGACACAAGGAAUUCUGAUCACCUUUUGUAUGUAAAUGUGUUUUUUUUGGGGGAAAAUGGGACAAAAAUAAAGUUUAUGGAAAAUUUAA